GAUUCCCGAGGUGGUGAGGCGGGAACCCUGAAGCUUCAAAACCCCUCACCCCUCAUUCUUUCGUGUGCCGAAGCUGUCUGACAGCUCACCUUGCCGUCCUUCAAGAUCUGUGCUUCGUUCAACCCAGGAACUGACGAAUACCUGCUGUCCUCUGGCAACUGGAUCCUCGGCUUACAUUCGAGGCGUUGAGAAAGUCAAUUGGUGAUUCCAGCCUGCAGACUAAUACCCCUUGCCGAGCGCCAACAAGACCUGCCUUCACCAUCAAGGUACUCGGAUCACACAUCUCAAGUCAACAAACAUGAAAGCCAACGCAAUGGCUGUUGCCAGAACCGCUGCCUUGCGAGGCCUUGGACGAACAACUCUCUCUUCGCAAUUCACCCAUAAGCAGCUCCCGGUUGUAUCCCGAGCAUGCAUGUCCUCCGUCGCGGAAGCUGUCGGCGUGGCACCCGCUCCCCCGCCUCCCACACCGGUCAACGAUGCCGAGCUGAAGGCCGCACAGCGUGCCAUUGAGGCGAAGAAGAUUCUGCAAAAGGCCGCCAGCGCAACCACUGUUAGACAUGACUGGACAAGAGAGGAGAUCUCUGCCAUCUACUACCAACCCCUGAUGGAGUUGGCUUUCCAAGCUGGCUCCAUCCACCGCCGCUUCCACAACCCUUCCGAAGUCCAGCUCUGCACGCUCAUGAACAUCAAGACCGGCGGCUGCACCGAAGACUGCUCCUACUGUGCCCAGUCAACCCGAUACCAAGAUGGCACCGGCCUCAAGGCUAAGAAGGUCGAGAGCGUCGAGUCUGUCCUCGCCGCGGCCCGCACCGCAAAGGAGAAUGGUAGCACGCGCUUUUGCAUGGGCGCCGCAUGGCGCGAUAUGCGCGGCCGCAAGAACAGCUUAAAGAACAUCAAGGCCAUGGUCACGGGUGUACGGGCAAUGGAUAUGGAGGUCUGCGUCACUCUCGGCAUGAUUGACUCGGAACAGGCUAAGGAGCUCAAGGAGGCCGGGCUGACUGCCUACAACCACAACGUCGACACCAGCCGCGAGUUCUACCCGUCUGUCAUCUCGACCCGCAGCUACGACGAGCGCCUCAAGACCCUGAGCCACGUCCGCGACGCCGGUAUUAACGUAUGUUCGGGUGGCAUUCUCGGACUCGGAGAGUCAUCCGACGACCGCGUUGGUCUGCUGCACACCGUCUCCACGCUCCCUUCCCACCCCGAGAGCUUCCCUGUCAACGCCCUUGUACCGAUCAAGGGUACGCCGCUGGGCGACCGCACACCUAUCCAGUUCUCAAGCAUGCUGCGGACCAUUGCGACCGCCCGCCUUCUUAUGCCGGCGACCAUUAUCCGUAUUGCCGCCGGAAGGAAGACCAUGUCGGAGGAGAAGCAGGCCAUGUGCUUCAUGGCAGGAGCCAACGCCAUCUUCACAGGCGAAAAGAUGUUGACGACGGACUGCAACAGCUGGGACGAGGAUAAUGCCAUGUUUGGCCGCUGGGGUUUGACACCAAUGAAGAGCCACCACAAGUCGCCGGCUCCGAUGGCCGAGAUUGAGAUCUAAAGAUAAAAGCAACAAGAAUAAAAGAUUUUACACCAUCACAGACUUGAUGUGAGGGGUCUCGAAACGCGUUCCUCAAAACCUAAAGGCCUUUGAC